GUAGAUGUGUUCAAGGAUUCCAAAGCUUUUGGGGGGUCUUGUUUACAUAUAAGCAGUGACAUUAAUGAGCAUAGUGUAGCCGCUUGCUUCUGCUUCUCUAACGCCCAAGAAAGGUCUUGUGGGCUCGUCUUCUGAGGACUUUCUGGUUUUGAUUCUCUACUCAUCCUGAUUGCAUCAAACAUCAAGCUUGAUCAGUAUGCCGGGUGGGUUGCCGAAGCCUGUGGUUUGACUCUGGGAACAUGGCGGCAAAGUUACUGUUCCUAGUCCUCUGUCUCUGGUGCCCAAGAAUGAUUUCUUCGAGCGGCUUAGUAAGAAUAGCGUUGAAGAAGCAACCGCCAGAUAUCUUCAGUAUAAGUGCAUCGAGAAAUAAUGGCAGAGCCAGAAAAUACGUCAAAGCGCAUCAGAGUGAUGCGGCUUUGGAUGAUCUUCCUUUAAAGACUCACUUAGAUGCUCAGUAUUUUGGAGAGAUUGGUAUUGGCUCGCCGCCUCAGAACUUCAGUGUCAUCUUUGACACUGGCAGUUCCAACCUUUGGAUACCUUCAUCAAACUGUUUCUUCUUCUCUAUUGCUUGCUUUCUGCAUCAUAGAUACAACAGUAGCCAGUCCAGUACAUAUAGUCCAAAUGGAAAACGUUGCAAGAUCCCGUAUGGAUCUGGAUUCAUUUGGGGGCAUUUCAGUGAAGAUGUCGUGCGAGUUGGGAAACUUCAUGUGAAGAAUCAAGUAGGGGUCUUCAUUGAAGCUGCGACUGAGUGGAGUCUUCCUCUCGCGUCAGCGAAAUUCGACGGGAUUCUCGGGCUUGGGUUUCGAGAAAUUUCAGCCGCAAACACUUUGCCAAUUUGGUACAACAUGGUGCAACAAGGUCUAGUUAGCCAAAAGGUCUUCUCUUUCUGGCUGAAUCGAGGCUCGGAGUCUAAUAAGGGCGGAGAAAUCGUUUUCGGAGGUGUCGAUCCAAAACACUUCAAAGGCAAUCACACUUAUGUUCAGGUCACUCAAAGGGGUUACUGGCAGAUUCCACUUGGAGAUUUUCUAAUUGGAAACCAGUCUACAGGGGUCUGCAGUGGUGGUUGUGCCGCCAUCGUGGAUUCAGGCACAUCCUUCGUUGCCGGACCAACGGCAAUUCUGGCUGAAAUCCACAAAGCAAUCGGUGCGAAAGGACUCGUGAGCAUGGAGUGCAAGCAAGUAGUGUCCGAGUAUGGGGAUCAGAUGUGGGAGCUACUGAUAUCUGGUCUGGAACCCAGGAAGGUUUGCUCUAGAAUCGGUCUGUGUUCUCAUAACGACUCAUGGCCCAGCAGCAAAAUAAUCAAAGAGGUAGUCCAAAGCGAAAGUGCCGGUGAAUCAAAAGUCGGUGAAGACUUUUUCUGCUCGGCCUGUGAGACGGCAGCUCUGUGGAUCCAUACCAAGCUUCUACAGAACAACACAAAAGAAAGGACAUUCGAAUACAUGGACAAGUUGUGCGAGCGCUUGCCAAAUCUGAUAAGACAAGUAGCUGUCAACUGCGACAGCAUUCCGACCAUGCCGCCUGUUUCCUUCGUCAUUGGAAACAGAUCUUUCGAAUUGAAUCCCAAACAGUACAUAAUGAAAGUCCAUCGAGGACAUUCGGCCAUCUGUGUCAGCGGGUUCGUGCCCUUAGAAGUCCCUCCUCCUCAGGGCCCCCUCUGGGUGCUCGGAGAGAUCUUCAUGGAAGCGUACCACACCGUGUUCGACUUCGGCAAUCUCCGCAUAGGAUUCGCGGACGCGGCAUAGCAGUACUAGCAGAGCAUCGCCUCGCGCAUCGGCACUAGAUUGUACGUAAAAGAAAGUCUCUGAGGAAACCAUUGUGGGCUAUACGACAGCAAGUAAUGUCGAAGCUAUUGAAGGUGGUGUGUAGAGAGUGGCACUUGAUGGUAUUUGAAUUGUGAAAAGAGCGAAAAAAGGAAGUAUGAUCGAACAAAAAACAAGAGAGGAACUGCACCAGCCGGGAAUCGAACCCGGGUCUGUACCGUGGCAGGGUACUAUUCUACCACUAGACCACUGGUGCCCUUUGUUGCAUGUAUAUCUAAUAUUAGUUCCAAUUCUUCCUCAUUACAUGA